AUGUCUGAAGUAAGGAAGCCGCAAGACAAGAAGGGGCCCCACAAGAAGAAGGAGUCAAUCCUAGACUUAGCUCCCUACCUUGAGAAGAGAAUGAGAGUUAAGUUUAACGGAGGGAGAGAAGCAAGCGGAAUUCUGAAGGGUUACGACGCUCUUCUUAAUCUCGUACUGGACGGUGCUACAGAGUAUCUUAAAGAGACGGAGGAAACACUAAAGUCAGGACAGAAGACAAGACCGUUAGGACUAGUAGUGUGUAGAGGGACCAACAUCGUGACGAUAUGUCCGCAGGACGGAAUAGAGCAGAUAGCAAACCCCUUCCUCCAGCCUGAUCAGUGA